AUGACAUUCAACAAAGAGAUGGAGCAAGACGCUUUGCUAUCAGAAGAAGCAGAUGGGUCUUCAUUCUCUGAUUCGAACUUUGAUUCACAAACUGAAAAGCAUCCUUUUCUAGAAUUACCUAGAAAGGCUGCUUCUUCAAAACUAUUUCCGUGGCUAGCCAUUCUCAUACACACAGGUAUUUUCGCCGCCUAUACCAUAUUGUUUCUACUCAUUGUAGUUCCUCUUUGGACAUCUCGUGAAAGAGAGGUGGCAUAUAUCCCCUUCAGUCCUGGACCACAGGCGCAGGUCUUCCAGCAUAAACACUCGGUCUAUGUUGGCAAGCCAUCAUCUGAUCUGGAUGAAGCUUGGAAGAAAAUGCUCAAGAACUCCAACAUUCGCAUCACAGAAGAUGAAAUGAGUCAUAUACCUGGCAGAAAAGAGCAGGCCAUCGAGCUGCAAGAUGGAGGUUAUUUUGCAACACUUAAUGUCUACCACAAUCUUCACUGCAUUAAACGACUCCAUCAUUACAUGUAUCCAGAUCACUACUUUCUCAACAUCACAGAAGAACAAAAGAGGGCGAACGAAUAUCAUAACCAUCAUUGCUUAGAUAUGCUCCGACAGAGCAUCAUGUGUCAAGGUGAUAUGCAGCUCCUGACAAUGAAAUGGCGGCAGGAUGGUCGUAUUCCAACUGCAAACUUCACAUCGCCUCACCGGUGCGUUAAUUGGGAUAGAUUGGAGAGCUGGGCUACCAGUCGGAGGAUCGCGAACCUAAUGGAGCCUGGAUAUCUAAACCAUCCAACCUUAGGGCCGGCAUAUCCUGAUGGCCAUGGAGACUUGAUUGGGGAGUUUCUGGGACAUAGCAACGCUUCGACAAGUGAAUAG